AUGCUCGACCUGACACUCAUCCGUACUGCUCUUUCUGGCCCGGCCAAACAGGCCAUAGCCGCUGCUUUGUGGGAUACCCCUCGCUCAGAAGUUGAAUCCGACCUCAAGUUCUACUUCAAGUACUACAUCCAACAGUGCGAACUGAUCGCGCUCCACGAAGGCGGUAGCCAUACGCCUCUGGCAACUCACGCAGACAUCAUGGCGAUCGUUCAGCUUUUGAGAAGCUCCCGCACACGGGAAGAAAUCCACCAGAAGUUGUUAAUGCCCUGCAGUCUUCCCGAUAGCGAUGCUUGUUGUAGCCAUUCCAUUGAUCUUGCAGCUCGCAUCCUUCUCAUGGUCGAAUUCGGCAACCUUCCUUUUGCCUACUCGGGAUCUAGACAGAUAGAGUGGGUUACAGGCAGUUUGAAGCAAUGGGUCACAGAGCGGUUCGGAAAGAAGCCGGUCCUUGGGCAUAGUAAAGUAAAUUUCGAGAGGAUAUUCAACGCCAACAAUCUAGCCAAGAUAUCGGGGAUAGAAGUUAUUUGGACCAACAACCUCGCUGACCAUCUCCGUCUGAUGAAAGACGAUCAGGCAGUGGCAGUGUUUCAUCAUGCUUCGUUUCUGCAGCGCCAACAAAGCGACACAACGCUCUUUUCACAAGAGUUGAUUGAAGAGACCCUGAAAACGAUGGCCCUGCUAUUUCCCAAGUGGGAUAGGGAUACUAGAGCCUGGUACCAAGCCCAAGCGUCUUUGCGCGGCCUCGAUACUCGAUUGAUCGAGAUCGGGCAACUAGAUGCAUAUGAACGGCAAAUUGAGAAGUUUACUUAUUGGCACGACCGUUUGGUUAUCCUGAAACAAGUGUUUGAUGAAUCUCGGCCACGUACUCUCCGGCAAUGGUGGCACGAUCGAAGGAAUGGAGUCCAGUGGUAUACGUUUUGGGUCGCGAUUCUUGUUUUUGUCUUGACAGUAUUCUUUGGACUGGUGCAGUCUAUUGAGGGGGCUUUGCAAGUUUACAAGGCUUUCAACCUAAGCAGCGCGUCAGAUGUCAGUGAUUGGACCGAUCUCACAAGCUUUAUCUCAGUACCCACGGGACAGAAGCCGUUCAGCGUCACCGACGAAUUUAACGCUUUCUGGACGAGGGAGUUACUACAACUGGCGCAUUCUGAACCAGCAGUAUGGCACGCUACUCUUGCUCUGGGGGCGCUGCACCAACGGCAUGAGUUGUUCUGGCAAGGUCGUGGGUAUCACAGCGGUGAGAAAUUGUGGUCGCAGGCAAACGAGAACUAUGGGAGAGCGAUAACGUGUGCGCGAGAUGUGAAAGAUCCAACACAACUGCUCGCAUUGAGUCUUGCGCUUCUGUCAGUGACAAACAUGAUGGGCCGGUGGUCCGAAAGUCAAGUCCACAUCAUGGCUGGUCAUCGGCUGCUAAGUCAAGCAGGGCAUGGGUCCGAGACGUCAGGCGCUGCAGAGAUAUUGACAAGGUUGGACUUAAUGGCUAUGACAUUUUCUGAUUCAUCAGCGCCGUAUCCUUAUAAGUUGGCGCCGAGAACAGUGUGGAUCGAUGAGUACAUGAAGACUGCAGAGAUAGAGAGCUAUGGACAAGCUGGAACGGCGCUGCUUGGAAUGAUGAGAAGACUUAUGAUGCUGUCUGAGACGACGGUCCCAGGAGAUGAAGAGGGUGCAGCAAAAGACCUCGUGAUGCUGCAUCUUACCAUGGAGGACCUUGCCUCGUGGGAGCACAAGAUGGCCCAGUUCGAGAAGAAGCACCCGAAUCCCCACGACGAAACAGGCGCCGUGUCCAUCAGACUGUACCACACGAUGCUACGAAUGUUCCUAUCAGGCGGCGCCUUCGGCCCAGAAACACGAUGGGACCGAUACCUAGGCCACUACGAACGCAUCCUCACACUCGCAGAAACACUCUGGUCCAACACACCACCCUCCCAAGUCCAAUCCCCGCUCUCCCUGGAAUCAGGCUUCAUAGUCCCCGCGUUCAUGGUCGCCCAGCGCUGCCGCCAUCCCUGGCUGCGUCGUCGCGCAAUCAGUUUUCUCUACAAGAUCAAGCGGCAAGAAGGAAUGUGGCACAGCGACGGUGCAGCAGCAGUAGGUCAGCGCAUAAUGGAGAUGGAAGGACAAAAGUACUUUCCUAGCGAUUUGGCUUCUCCUCUAGAAGCUAUGGAGGAUGUUCCUUGGGAGAUGUGGGCGGAGACGGAGGAUAUUCCUGCGAAGACGAGUUGGGCGGGUAUAGAGAGAGUUCCAGAGAGGAUGAGGAUGAGGGAAACGUUGGUUAUGGUUGAUACGGUUGAGAAGAGGGUUGAGCUGUCGCUUAUAAUGAGCUCAGGCGAUGAUGUUGGGAUUUUUGGAGAAGUCAAGUCUGAGACUGUGGUGUUUGGGUAG